AUGAUGAUUGAUGCCUUCAAAUCACCGACUGCACUGAUGAAGCAGAAGAAUUUCUGUUGGUGUGGUCAGAAUUACGUCUGUGUGCGCGCGGACAGAUUCUCCAUAUACGCGCGAGAACAGAUUACGCAGAGUCUACGCGCUGAAGACGGCGCCAAUCAACCGGGCGGUCUGCUAAUUGGCAACAGUGGAAAGAGUCUGGUCAUCGUGCUCUACCCCCCAACAGCGCAUGCAGCUAUUGCUGUUGAGGCUGUCGAACAGUUUGUCGCCUAUCUGCGGACGAAGAAUCGUUGA